CCGCUGACUUCACCACUUUCGGUGCCGAUCUGUACACCAUCACCAACGGCCCCCAAAGUCUUUUACUCCAGUGAGACAAUCUCCUUUAUCACCCUUAGUCUUUGCAAGAUCAUGGCCCUGUGAUUGUAUCUCAUAGUCUUUCCAAACCAGGAAUUUUGAUUUGCCGCACAUGCUUCAUGAGCUAUAUUUGUUAUAUUUACUAUUGUGGCCCUGUCCCUUCAGUUCAUUUACUGUCUCCCGUUCUUAUCGGUCUGAAAAAGUUGGACGUGUCACUUCUGCACCUACAAAUGUGUCAGUAUCAAGCUGAUGACCAUCACGGUUGCGAUCAACUUGAUUCGCCAGAAUGUCGUUAUAUUAUCACUGCUUUGGCCUUUGCUGAAAAGUUCAACAUGUUCAGGAGGAAGAGGAUCAACAUCACUUUCGUGUUCAGUCUAGGCCUAUUUGUGGUCAUCGCAAGCUGCAUUUGCCUUGAGUUUAUUGUAAUUAUGGCGAGAUAAACCAACAC